UUUGAAUCCUAAUAAUUUUAAAAUAGAAGUUAAAAAAAUGAUUCUGCAAGGAUUUGCUCAAACGUCAUUGGAUGUAAAUGGAGAACUGGUCACAGAAGCAAAUAUGAGUGCCCAAUUAAGAAUAGGAUUGACAUUCUUUUUCUUUUUCUUCUAUUGUGGAUGAGCAGUACUCUCCUUUAAGUUUGGUCCAGAACCAAUGAGACUUGAUAAAGGAAAAUGGAGUAGGAUGAAAAAGCCAGAUUAUUCUAUUCAUUACUUAGAGUGGGUAUCAAUUCUCCAUGCCCUAAGUUGUCUUGUAAUCGGAAGUUACAUUGUGUACCACUAUGGACAUAAUUACAAUCGUAAGACUCUUUACUGUGAGUAUCUGAUGACUGCAAACUCCUGUGGUUAUUUCAUCUAUGAUACUUUGGCAGAAUGGUAUUAUGAGACUUUUGAUGCAGGAAUGGUUGCACAUCAUUUAGCCUCAAUCGCCCUCACUGUGUUCACUCUGUAUGAACAUUAUGGUGGUUGUGCUAUGUUCAACGGUCUCUAUUUUGCUGAAUGGUCUGGUCCUUGCUUCAUUAUUCGUUGAGCAUUUAAAAGACAAAAUCUAGAGACAACAAAGAAAUAUCUAUAUGCCGUAACUCUAUACUCAAUCUGCUAUUAUUUUUCAAGAGGAAUUGGAUACUCACUUGCGCUAUACCCUAUAGCAAGAGCUCGAUACAUUCCUUUCUACCUGAAGGCCAUCUUCAUGCCUGCUCUUUUCCUCUCAUAUGGAUGGAUGAUAUUGAUCACAGCAAUGCUAUGGAAAACUCUCCCAAACUGGUCAAAAAAUCCAAAAGAAGUAGAGAAAUCAGGGUGGUGGUUAGCAGGCAGAAGCUUCUUCAAGAAAUACACUAAGGACUCUCCUUGGGUGUAUAUCUCGACAUUCAUAAUGGCUCUUCUCACUUGAAUCAUGCCUCUUACAUGUGCUUAUAUUGUGCAUUAUGUUGAUCCUUCCUGGGGAACUACCACGUAAUCAAAAAAUGCAUUUCAAUCAAUA